UUUGAAUUUUUGAUUAACUUAAUUGGGCUUUCACUCAAUGUCAAGGUUUUUCUCUAGUCGUGCUCUUUUUCUCUUGGCAGUCUGCUUUUGCGAGAGUGCGACACUAUUGAUCUUUACUUGCUUUGCUUCCCGAAUUUGAGAAUAAUUUCAUAAUAAAUGAACUCGCAGACAUUACAGUUUUAGUUGAGUAUUCCUUCCCGAUUGAACUACGAGACAUUGUUUUAACUUCGUGUAACGUAAGGAUCUGAUCAUGUUUCAUUCUUUUGUUUUAAAUUUAAACGGGAACUGUUUUGCUGCUGGGAUUUCAACGUUGUUGUUUUCAAAUCUGUCAUGUUAGCUACGAACCUGGGACUGGGUUAAGAUCAGUACAACCCUUCUUCCAAACCUAUACUCGACCCCACGCUUUUCGGUUGCGAUUUUCCUUUUUCUUUCUCUACAUUACAAUUCCAGUAAUUGCAUUUACGGCAUCUGCACUAGCAGCAAGGACACUAGAGCUGUUCACUGUAACUUAAAUUAAAGACAAUUCUAAUUUUUUAAUUAAAAAAAUGAAGCAGAAAACAGCAUAAAUGGCGAAAUUUAUUUGUGAGAAAAACUUUUCGUAGCAAAGAAUCGAACCCGACCCGCACAGGCGGAACCCUAGUACACUUACAUAAAGUGUAUAUAUAGGGUGGAACCUCUCGGUAAAAACAAAAAAUUAUCUUAGAAUGAGGCCCAUGCCAUUUCUCAAUAACAAAAAUGUGAAGUACAGUCCUGCUUUUCUCAUACGGCCGUGCCGGGUCUGAUCUAUAAAAUAUGGCGGCAUUACUGAUUGAUAAGUUACGAAGCUCAAGUGCUAUUAUUUGUGGUUUUAGUUUUAUGUGAUAAUGUCUGCAAUUGUGAAAGUGGAAAUUAAACAAGAAGACAAUAUAAAUACCUCCAUUGAUGAGAGAGUUUUACUUAAUGAUGAUGUGCCCCGAAUGAUAAAGCAAGAACCUAAUGAGAUUGCAAUUGGCGGGGAUGAUUCUGUCACACACACUCGUAAAAAGGAAACUGAUGCCGAGCAGGAAAAUAAAUCAUUCACUGUACAUUCUAAAGAUUUUAAUUGUACUCAGUGUAAUCACAAGACAAAAUAUAAACGCAGUUUAAGAGCACAUCUGCUAACCCAUAAGGCUGUUAAGGAUUUUAAGUGUAAUCAGUGUGAUUAUGCAGCAAAUAAUAAAUCUUUUCUUAAACGGCAUGUAUUGAUCCACAAUGUACUCAAAGAUUUUAAAUGUUCCCACUGUGAUUACGCAACAAAUAAUAAACCCGCCCUUAAAUAUCAUCUAUUAAGCCACAAGACAACUAAGGAUAUCAAAUGUGACCAUUGUGAUUAUGCGACCACUAAUAAGUCGUGUUUAAAACAACAUCUGCUUUCACAUAAACUUUCCAAGGAUUUCAAAUGUGUCCAGUGCGAUUUUACGACCCGUCGUAAUUCAAAUCUUAGAACACAUCUAUUAACCCACAAGACUUCCAAGGAUAUCAAAUGUUAUCAUUGUGAUUACGCAACCACUUAUAAGCCCUGUUUAAAAUUACAUUUGCUUUCACAUAAACUUUCCAAGGAUUUCAAAUGUGUUGAGUGCGAUUAUGCAACUAAUAAUAAAUCCCACUUUAAACGACAUCUAUUAAUCCACAAGGCAACUAAGGAUAUCAAAUGUGAUCAUUGUGAUUACACAACCACUAAUCCGUACUGUUUAAAACUACACCUGCUUUUACAUAGAUUUCCGAAGGAGUUCAAAUGUGUCCAGUGUGAUUAUGCAACCAGUAAUAAAUAUCAUCUUCAACGACAUCUAUCAACUUCCAAGACAACGAAGGAUUACAAAUGUGAUUAUUGCGAUUACGUAACCACUAAUGCGCCUUGUUUAAAAACGCAUCUGCUUUCACAUAAAGUUUCCACGGAUUUCAAAUGUGCCCAGUGUGAUUAUGCAACCAAUCUUAAUUCCAAAUUUAAAACACAUCUGCUUACACAUAAACGAUCCAAGGAGUUUAAAUGUGACCAAUGUGAUUAUGCAACCAAUAAUAAAUACUAUCUUAAACAACAUCUAUCAACUUCCAAGACAACGAAGGAUUACAAAUGUGAUCAUUGCGAUUACGCAACCACUAAUACGCGGUGUUUAAAAACACAUCUGCUUUCGCAUGAACUUCCCAAGCAAUUCAAAUGUCCCCAGUGUGAUCAUGCCACCAAUAAUAAAUACCAUCUUAAACAUCAUCUAUCAACUCACAAGACAAUCAAAGAUAUAAAAUGUGAUCAUUGUGAUUAUUCAACCACUAAUAAGUCCAAUUUAAGAACACAUCUACGUUCACAUAAACUCCCUGGAUUUCAAAUGUGACUGGCGUGAUUAUUCAACAAAUUAUAAAUUACUAAGAAACUAUUGAGGACCAUUUAUAAUUGACAUCGAACUAUUAUAAUUUCGAGUAUUAUCUCAU